AUGGAGAUGUGGCCACAGACCCUCGACUAUACUCGAUUGGCGGAGGCGGGGUCCACCGGAUCACCCGGGGUGAGUCGGGAGUAUUUUCCUUCAGAUGAUGUAAGAGAUUGCAUUAUUUCAUACACGGACGCAACACUGAACUGCCGCUGCUUGGCUGGCAUUGUCAUUGAGGAGCCAUGGUAA